AUGAAACUUUAUAAUCCAAGAUUGAGACGUUUUCUGGACCGCUGGCCAGGCAAGAAAACUUUGGGAAUCUACAGGUUUUUACCGGUGUUUUUCCUUCUAGGCGCCGCUUUGGAAUUUUCCAUGAUCAAUUGGAGGGUCGGAGAAGUGAAUUUUUAUCAAACAUUCAAGAAACGGCAAGCUUUAAAUAUCCUAGAAAAACGGCAACAAGAGGGGCAUCAGCACUAG